ACAAACCCUGUUCAAUGCCAGAGAAGCCCAACGCUAUAUAGUUGCAAAAGCAAAAACGGCAUCGGAUGGAAGCUUUGACGAGAAACGGUCUCCCUCUCCCCCUAUCAUCUCUGCGUCUGUUAGUUCCUCCACUGCGGCUGGUGUCUGCAGCUCUAUGGCAAGUUGUUCAGCAGAGAGACGUAAUGGACUACGGGUUGGUGGAGGAGUUUGUCACCACUGUGUUGGAGAUAGUUCCUGAUAUGAUGAGUUACAGGGAGAGAGUCCAACUCAUCAUGGGGCUGCGAGCACAGCUGGUUCUGGAGUUGUGUCGCUCUGAUCACCUAGCCAACCCUGAGACCAUCCAGCCACACCUGAACAGGAUGAACACCUGUAUCAUCACUCAUAGUGACAAGGAGAUUUCUGAUCCAGAGGUGGAAGCGUCAGAAUCAAACUUCCUGAAGCUGAUUCAAACUCUGCUGGAAGACCCAGUUGAGAAGGAACUCUUCUUUCAGAGUGUGUUUCCAGAGGAAUUUGGCCCAAAGUAUGACUCAGCACUGCAAACUCUGGUGUGGGAGUUCCUCUCCAGGCUGGAGAAGCUGCUUCCAGCACCAACCCUUCAACAGACUGCAUCUUGGUUCCUACCUGAUCCCUCUGUCUUGGAGGAGUGUGUGCAGUGUGUAUCCCACCCUCAGCCUUUGAAGACCCUUCUCCAGCACCACAACAACACAUGUGGACAUGGAGACACUAAUGGUCUGUUUUCUGGCGACAAUCAAAUCCCAAUCAAAGCUGACCCAGAGGUCCAAUCAGAACCUGUGCAGCAAUGUAUGAGCCAUGUCUCAUCUGACAUUGAGUCAGAGAUGACCCCUUUGUUGGAACUGGGGAUUGAUUCAGACCGAACUGUAAAUAAAGAGGUGGAGCCUGUGCACAAAGAGGUGGAGCCUGUGCACAAAGAGGUGGAGCCUGUGCACAAAGAGGUGGAGCCUGUGCACAAAGAGGUGGAGUCUGCUUCUUUAGAGGUAGGGCAUAUAUACAAUGAAACUACAGAAAAAAACAUUAAACACAACACACCAGGUAAAGAGCUAGCAAAAGAGAUUAAAAAUAAUACAUAUUUUCACCACCUUAACACUGACAGUGGUCUGAAAAUCCAAGGAAAAGCCCACAGCAGCCAACAGGAAGUGCAGGACAUUUCUUGUUUGUCUACUUCCUGUCAGCUCCAUCAGCCAACAGUGCUGCUGCACAGACUUGACAUUACUGAUAUGCUGUUACCUGUGUUCGAGGUCUCUUCAACACCGAGGAGAGAGAGGCUUCAGAUUGACAAAGUAGGAUCCCAAGGACAGAGCAGAGGACAGGUCAAAUCACAAAAGAGUGAGAGGAAUAUCAAUGAAGAGCCCUCUGAUGGUCAACCUCAGUAUUCUCUGGCCCCUGACCCAUCCCCUCCCACAGGGCAGCCUAUAAGAAGCAAGCGUGUCAAAAUAUGCUCCUUGUGUAGAAAGACUUUCAGCGAAGCAAAGGAUUUGACGGCACACAUGAGAUCUCACAAUGAGCAGAGCCCUUACAAGUGCACCCAGUGUGGACAAGACUUUGAACACCAUGAGGACUUACAGAAACAUCAGCAGAAUGUGUGUGAGGAGGCAGCUCAACCAGAAGAGGACAACAUGUCUACGACAUCCAUGGAGGAUCAGACGGAGCUAGCAUGCACAGAGCUAUCGGAGUCGUCCAAAGCCAGGACAUGCCGCGUGUGUCAUAAAACUGUCUAUAGUAGAAAUUAUUUGAGAAAGCACCUGAAAUCCCAACAUGGUCAACUCCUGAAGAUACACAAGAAACACAAAACAUUUUUCUGUUGCUCUUUGUGUAAUAAGUCCUUUGGAUGCAGAAAUUAUUUGAGAAAGCACCUGGAAUCCAAACACGAUGAACUCCUGAAGAUGCAUAAGAAACACAAAAAUAUUAUCUGUUGCACUAUGUGUAAUAAGUCCUUUGAUCUUUCUGAGCCAAACAAGUGUGAGGUGAACCAACAGCAACUCCCCAGGAAGGCACAACCAGAGGCCAACACACUUACAGCUGCAGUGAUACCGCAGCCCUCAAGCACUACAUCCCAGAACCCAACAACCUCCAAUGCUCUGCCCAUUCAGGCACAGUUCUACAAUGACUACAGAACAUGUCUUUUGUGCAGUGAAACUUUCGAUACUGCAGAGACCAUGAGAAAGCACCUAAGAUUUCAACACAAUAUACUGUCUUACUUGUGCCACGAUUGUGGGGAAAGUUUCCCAAGCAAAUUAGAUCUUCAGAAACACUCAAAGAAUUGUUUGAGUAUUCCAGAUUCAAGAAAAUGUCAUGAGUGCAGGAAAAUUACUUCUCAAACAACGCCACCGCAGGCAAAAAUUUGUCUGGAGAUGAACCAAAGACAACAGCAACUACCUGCAGCGGGAAAUGCGAUGGAGAUCCCUCAGUCCUGCAACACAAACGUUAACUACUUAAAUGACUUGCAGCAAUGCCAGCCAAAGGAAUGUGAGGAGAUUCACUUUCAGAGAGGACAGCAAGACUGGAGCGAGGAGGUUGAUCCAAACCAGCAUCCAGAGGAGGUUGAUCCAAACCAACAUCCAGAGGAGGUUGAUCCAAACCAGCAUCCGGAGGAGGUUGAUCCAAACCAGCAUCCGGAGGAGGUUGAUCCAAACCAGCAUCCAGAGGAGGUUGAUCCAAACCAGCAUCCAGAGGAGGUUGAUCCAAACCAGCAUCCAGGGGAGGUUGAUCCAAACCAGCAUCCAGGGGAGGUUGAUCCAAACCAGUAUCCAGAGGAGGUUGAUCCAAACCAGCAUCCAGAGGAGGUUGAUCCAGCGGACAGAAGCAGUUCUCUGGUUCCAAGGGAGAAUGGGACAGAUAUUCCCCAGAGCCAUAGCACUUCACCCCAGAACCCAACAACCUCCGAUGCUCCCCCCACUCAGACGCAGCCACCUGGCAUCUCCACCCCAGCCUCGCUAAAAUCUAGAACAUGCCCUUUGUGCUCAAAAUGUUUUGCUUAUAAAAAGACCAUGAUGCAGCAUCUGAGACGUCAUUCACAGGGUCAGGGACCCUUCAUGUGCACCAUAUGUUCAAAGAGCUUUGGUACCGCCAGCGAUUUGAAGAGACAUCAGGGAAUUAAGAGCGGUUGUGGGCCAAAUCAUCGUAAUCUCGUCGUACCUGAGAAUGCUCCCACAGAACAAAAAACUGUCUUCUCCUGCCCCCAUUGUCAGGGACAGUACACGAGUGAAAAAAAAAUGAAAGCACACAUGGUAUGUCACACAGGAGAGGGGUUCACCUGUAGGUUUUGUGGCAAGAUAUUUGCUGAAGAUAAGAAAUUACGCAAUCAUGUUCGUUCUCAUAUUGACAGACGACAUCUAUGUGACACAUGUGGUAAAGAUUUUACAUCUCUGUCUAACUUGAAAAAACACACACUUGUACACACAGGAGAACAGCCGUACAUUUGCACAGACUGUGGCAAAAGUUUUAGUCUGAAGGGUAACCUGAAAGUCCAUCAACAGAGUCAUACAGGAGAGCGGCCAUUUGCAUGCACAAUGUGUAAAAUACGCUGUUUCACUCAGACUCAUCUAAAACGACAUAUGUUGAGGCACACAGGAGAGAAGCCUCAUAAGUGUUUGGCUUGUGGGAAGACAUUUCAACGGAAAAACACAUUGAGGAAACAUCAGCAAGAUUCGUGUUCUUAGUUCUUGGCUUUUACACACUGCCUUCUGAGAUGCAGACUCAGUCAUACUUUUUUCGCUCAACAUUGACAACAUUUAGUUGAUAACAUUAAUGGCUUGCAAUUGGUUGUAGGUUCUAGUCAACAGACAAAUAGGCAUCCAUCUUUUGCUACUCUCCCUUUUUGCAUAUUUGUAAUAUCUAGCAGUUUUGUGUGUGUAUGUAUGUAUAUAUAUAUAUAUAUAGUGGGGAGAACAAG